GUGGCCGCGGCGGCGACAGCUCGGCCGAAUUGGCUGGAUUGCUGGAAGAGGAGCUGUAUCCUAGGGGAGUUUCAGUGGCACCAUCUGGUGAGUUUUUUGGAAUCUGGAAGGGAUUGCGAGAAAACACUGAUCAACAGAUAGUAUGGCCACCGGCGGUGGUUGUUAUGAAUACUCGAUUGGAACAAGAUGAGGAUGGCAAGUGGAAAGGCAUGGGGAAGCAAGAGCUAAUUGAUUAUUUCAGUGAAUAUGCUGUAAGCAAAGCACAUCAUGCCUAUGGCCCAAAAGGGCACCGUGGCAUGAGUGUGCUAAUAUUUGAGAGCUCGGCUGUGGGCUAUACAGAAGCAGAACGUUUGCAUGAGCACUUUGUUCAUCAACGAACAGACAGGCAUGCAUGGCAGAAGAAUCACAAGGUUAAAUUCUUACCUGGUGGUGGUGGGGAAAGGGAGCUGUAUGGUUUCUUAGCUAGAAAACAUGACAUGGAGAAUUUCAAUAGACAUUGCCACAGGAAAACUUGUUUGAAAUACAAGAUGAGAUCUUAUAAUGAGAUGGUUGUUACCCAAAUGAAGCAGAUGGAUGAAGACAACCAAAAACUGAAUUCUCUGAAAAACAUAAUGGUUAAGAAAGAGCAGCACUCUAAAUUAGUGGAGGAAAAAUUGGGUGUUGUUACCCAGAAACGUCGGGAGGCAAUGGAGGAGAAUAAAAAUGUCAGGAAAAAGUCCAAAGAGAAGCACUUGGAGUACAAGAAUGAGAUGAAGCUCCAGGAGCAAUUUUAUCAAGAUCAAAUUGAAAGAAUUCACAAGGCCGCAGAGGAGAUGGAAAUUAAGUUUGAGCAGUUGCUGCAAGAGGAGCGAAAAAAGGCUAGACGGAGUGAAGUUGUCUCUGGAAGUACUGAAGAUCGCAGGCAAAGGAAGGAAGAGAUUCAGAAGUUUAUAGACUGCCAGGUGAAGGACGUCGAGGAAUUCGAAAGUGAGCGAGACAAACUGAUCAAAUUGUAUGAACAGAAAAAGGUGAAGCUCAAGUUGGAGUACAUGGCAAAGGAGGUUGCGCUUGAGAAGAAGCUGGACGUCGCGCUCACCGCCCUGAUGGAUAAACGCAAGCCGGACAUCUUCCAAUCCCCCACCUCCGGUUCGACUUGAAUAUCGACGACAGCUACCGUACAUUUCCUGCUCGUAUGCAAUAAAUCUAAGAUCAAGGUUCUACUUGUCGUAUUAGUGUAUUACAGUGUCGUUGCGCAUUGGGAUUGGCAUAGUGAAUUGUGGAUUGCUGGCGCUAUUGAAGACAGAAGGAUUUUAUGUGUAUACCUUCCCUGCAAUUUUCAUAUUUUGGCCAUUUUGAAAAACUUAUUUUAUAAAUAGAUCUGUGAAAAAACUUAUUACAUAAAUAGAUCUUUUUGACCGCGUCAACGUUAUUGUCGCCGUCGUUGUA